UGACAUGACAGAACUGGUAAAUGAUUUUGAAGAAGGUUUAAUUAUUGGAGAGUGCCAGAAUUUUGCUCGUCUUCUUCAUGGUCCUGGAAUGUUCAUAACACCUGAAAAGUUUGUUGAACUAGUGAAGCAAAAAUUAUCAAUUUAUUCAAAGAUAACAAUUAUUGAAAGAGAUGAGACUUGGCUAGAAAUGAACAAUAUGAAUUCAGUCUUACAUGUCUCAAAAAUUAAUGUAAAAGGAAACAGCGAAGGAAUUGCAUCUAAAUACUUGAAUGAUUCUGCUCAACUUCUUGAAAUUCAUUAUGAUGGUUCUGGGGCAUCAAUUCCACCAAUUGUCUUUGUUGGAAAAGCAAGUUUUUAUAGUUUGUUUGAUGAUGGAAAAGCUUUGGAAACGUCUUUGAAUAAAUUGGUACCUGAUGUGUCAUUGUCAGCUGGUGCAAGUAUUAUAGGCACACUUCUUGCCUUUUGCCGUUUAAAGUCCACUAUCAAUGCUAAAGGUAUUAUUCCAAUAACUGUUCAUUCUUUGCACGUCAGCAAAGCAAUACUUCCGAAUUUUCUUGAUGAGGUCACGCCUUCCAUCCAGAUUCCACAUCCUGUUGAAGAAAGAAUGUUAUUGAAGGAUUCCAUUACUUAUGCUCAUUCUUUUUGCCCAGAUUUUAUAAUUUCAGUUGCAACCCAGACAAGUUAUGUUACCACUGCUUUUGAUUCAUCUACAUCUGUAUUUUAUUCUUCACAAGAUGCUCUUGCUGAAUUAUUCUCGGAAAUUUGCAGCUAUACAUGUGAAAAAUUCAUCAGGUUACCUUUCGUUGAAAUAGAAGACAGUGUGUUUCACAAAUGUGUCAUUCAGAAACAAUGCUGCAGUACUUGUAUAAACUUAUUCCUGAGACCAGUUCCUCUCCGAGAACGUGAUGAACUUGUAAAUUAUAUCAAGAAGAAGUGGGACUUCUGUUAUAUUACACCCCUUUUUUUGAAGGAGUUUGUUGGAGACACAAAAUGGCUUCAUUUUGAAUUGAACAGAAGCUUACUAAUGAUGGAAGAAAAAGAUGAUGAAGUUACUGAAUUGUAUAAAAUGACAGGAGCUCCAACUCGAAGCUUCAUUGAAUUAUGUAGGAAGAUCAUCAAAAAUCAAGAACAACUUGCAAAUGUUUCAUGAAAAAAAUACUCG